AACCAAAUAUGGAGGCCAAGUUAGUCACAGCUUGUAUUUUUCUGCCAUGGGUAAUGCUGACAGAUGGGCGACCUUGUACCUCCAACCAGAGAGAGUACGUAUACGUCCGGUAUGGUCAAUACCAGGAGCUGCAGUGUUGUGAACGCGACCAUGCAGAACUUUUGGAUACCCUCUGGUACAAAUAUGACGAAGAAUCUCAGUCAUGGGAACCUCUAGCGCCGGAUACAUCAGACAUUCUAUUUUUGGAACGGAAUGCCACUCUUGCCAUCAAGCACGCGCAGUUUUCCGACACCGGACGAUACAAAUUCACGCGCCCGUCCGGAAAGUCAAUCCAAUCAGGCAAGUCAGGGAAUGAGUUCGAUCUAAAAGUCGUCGCCUGUGACCAGCUAGCGCGUGGUCCGUUCCCACUAGCGCCAUUGCCCUGUGGUGUGACGUCAUUAAAAGUGGGUGAUCACGUGACUAUCCCGCGCACAGGAUAUUUCGGUUGCGAUCAAGUUGACGUCAUAAUGGUGACAUGGUUCAUGAAAGCCAAUGCUAGCGAUUAUAGCUCGUGGGCAGAAGUUCCUGCAGCAGACGACAUAAUCACGAAAACAGAUCGACACGUUAUUUUUUCCCUUAUAGUAAAGGCCUUAUUCUUUCAGUGUUGAGAGUCCUAUGAUAUUAUGAAUCUAACAAACAGAGCAGUCAAAACAUAAAUUACGGGUAAAAAAGAAAGCACUUUUCCUUUGCAACUUAUUCUUGUAAAGACUGGUACAAUUUAAAUCAUAUAAAUGAAGACGUUUUUUGACUUAGUCAAUAAAAUAUUGAGCAAUAUAAGUUAAGUCACAUUCAUUUUUAUACUCGACUUGGAUUUUUGUAUGCAUUUAAACGCGUAUAGCCCCUUGAUUAAAUUAGGGUCGCACAACGAAUAUUUCGACGCUGUCGGUCGCAUUCAUUAAAUAUUGCGGUUUCAUUGAAUCACGGGUUGCAUUGCACAAUGAACUAUGAAAGUUUCAUUUUCGAAAAUAA